UGUCCAGACCCUAGAUGGCCACCUGGUUUGCCCAUGCUGGUGUCCAGCUCUGACUACAUGCAAGAAUCCCCUCUCAGGCACCCACAUCCCAGUAGAAGGGUGGAUUAAGCAUGGGUCAGCGCUGGGAAAGUUAUACCCUGUCCCACCUUCCUUUGCAGCUUCUGCUCUGUGCUUUCUCCUUGGCCUUCAUGCCAGCUGCCUUCACAGAAGCAAAAGACCGAAGCAAAGCAGUCAAAGGAAGGAGAGGACAGGCUCGGGACAGGGUCCAGCUCCCGGGGGCCCAGACCUCCCCCCCAGACCCCAGGCUGAAGGCAAAUGCAUUGGCCAUGGAUGAUACAUACACCAUGGUGGAGGAAUAUGAGGAGAGCAUUCAGGAGAUGGUACGCCAGCUGAGGAACAGCUCGGAGCCCCCUGACACCAAGUGCCAGGUCAGCCUGGGACUCUGGAGUCCCAACAAGAGGAGUCUGUCUCCGUGGGCCUACAGCAUAAAUCACGAUGCAAUGCGGAUUCCCACGGACAUCCCAGAGGCGCAGUGCCUCUGUGUCGGCUGCAUCAACCCCUUCACUAUGCAAGAAGACCGCACCAUGGCCAGCAUCCCCAUCUACAGCAGGCUGCCUGUCCGCCGCCUGCUAUGCCAGCCAGGGGCCAAGGCCCCCAGGAAGAAGAAGGGUUGCCACAAGAAGUACAGGAUGGUCAUGGAGACCAUCGCCGUGGGCUGCACCUGCAUCUUCUGAGGGAGGACAAGCAGGUCUUCCCAGCUCUCCCACACCCCCAUGCAGAACUAACCUGAGGCCUUUGGGCCUGGAGAGCAGCUGCCGUCUAAGCAGCCACUUCUCAUUACAGCCAUUUUGCAAGGGCCCCAGCUGGGGCCCCCCAGGAGAGAGGUUAACAGGGCCUGGUGCAUGUGGGGAAGACCCAAGUAGGUAGGAAGCAGCUACUUAGACCCAUAGAGUUUUCCCCUUCACUCUCACAUCUCCCUGCUGAGCCUGGAGCAUAACUGCAGCAUGCAGCCCCCAGGAGCUGGCUGGGUGGGGUAGCCAGCACCCACACAGCUCUCAGCAGCUCCCAACAUGCAGCCACCUCACUUACCUUUUGGGCAGUGCAUGGCACAGCUGCACACCUGUGCUGUUUCCUGGCAGCUCAGCAGCAGCAAAAGAGAGAGGUAACCAGAAUCACGGAGGAGGGGAGGAGGAAACAGCUGCUAACCAGGGCCCUCAAGCAGAGGGAAAAGGCUCUCAGUCCUGCCUGCCUUGGGAGCUGCAAACAGCACCUGCCUCUUGUUCCCACCCGCUCCAGAUAGUCCAUCUCCCCCAGCUGAGGUCAGGGCUCAGGUGGGCACUCCUCCCACAGCACCUCACAAAGGCAUCACCGUUUUCAGGCUGAGGGCACCCAGGUCUUACCCUGAAAGGGAGGAAGCUUUGCUAACAGACCUUCACCUGCCUCAGGCAGGCACCAGCUCCAGCCCAGUUCCUACCUGCUGCUGGGGUGGGGCCUCUCCACCAUCAGCAGCUGGACUGGCCCAGCCCUCCCCAGGUGCAGAGGCGGCAGCUGACGGGCUGCCUCCUGCUCCCCACAGCUGUUCCCAUAAGGCUCUGGGUGCUGGUGAGAGUAUAGGCUAGGAGCACCCAGGGGCAAAGGCUGUUGCAGCAGGGGUGCUGCCAGGAGGCAUUUAGGGGAGUGUCUGAGGGAACAGGGCUGGAGACAGCUGCUUCUACUUUGCUCCUCAGGCUCCUUGCAGAGCCUGCAUGGCUGGGCAGGGCAGCACAGGUCUAGGACCUUAGCGGUGCCGUGAGCAGAACCCGGGCUCCUGGGAAGCCAGGCUGUGAAGUACCAGGCCCUUGUAGAUGCUGGGCCUGUGGUGCUGCACUCAGCUAACAGCCUUAUGUCACGUGAGCCAGGACCAGCUCAGUUCACUAGGCUCCACUGUCCAUAGUACCCAGGCUGGCAAUAUCUGACAGCAGGGUCCUGGAUGGAGCAGGAAGCCUGGAUGCCUGUCAAGGACUUAAGGAAGCAAGGGCCAAUCUGGACAGCCCCACACAGAUCUGAGGGGCAUGGACUCCAUCAUGCAGAGCAGGCUACAACUUCUGGAAGACAGGCAUGAGAGGCCAUUGGGAGGGGGCAAAAAGGCAGCUGGGAGAUUGAGCAAAGGCAGGGCAUUGGUUUUUCACCCCAGUGAACUACAGUCAGGAUGCAAAGCCAGGGAAAGGGGUGGUUCCUGGCUGGUCUUUGCUCACUAGUGAGGUUAACAUCCAGCUCCUUGGGUUUUCAGUCUCCUGCCCUUGCUGUUGGGAGCCCAUCUCCCCCACCCCAGCCCCUGCCAUGCCCUCUACCA